CAUAAAUAUUUUUGCAGGCAGGCAGCAGCUUCGUCGUUUGAUUUGGUUGCGGAUUUGGGGGCUUGGGCCUCUGCAGCUUGGCAGUUUGGCUUUUGGUGGCUAUAAAAAGCAAUUGUCGCUCAGCAUCAGAACCACAGAGUGAGUUCAUUUGUCAGCCAAGCAGCAGCAACAGCAGCAAACAGUAUAAAUCUCCAACAACAAACAAAUCUCAUCCGAAUCUUCCAAUCUACGAUGGCACAACAAUUGAUGAUUGUAUUCAGCGCUCUGGUGGCUGUGGCCAGUGCUGUGGUGGUGCCCGGACCUGGACUAGCGCUGCCCGCAUUGGGUGCAUAUCCUGGUCUAGGCUACCCCAAACUGGCGGCGCCUGUUUAUCCGGGUGUGGCCAAGCUGGCCGUUGCCAAGGUGGCUGCACCAGAGCCAUACGAUCCGAAUCCACAGUACAGCUUCAGCUACGAUGUCCAUGAUAGCUCAACUGGUGAUGUGAAGAAUCAGCAGGAGUCGCGCAGCGGCGACGUUGUCCAGGGCUCCUAUUCCCUGAUUGAGGCCGAUGGCACCCGUCGCGUUGUGGAGUACACUGCCGAUCCUGUGCACGGCUUCAAUGCUGUCGUUCAUCGUGAGGGUGCCGUGGUCAAGGCGGCCAAGGUUCUGGCACCGGCUCCACUGCUCCAUGCCCCAGUUGUGGCCAAGGUGCCCGCCUAUGGUCUGCCCGCCUAUGGUGCUGCCUUGGCACCCGCCUAUCAUGGACCAGCCUUGCCAGCACUGCCUGCUCUCGCACCGGCCUACCAUGGUCCGGCUCUGGCACCUGCCGCCUACUCUCCCUACGGUUAUCACUAAGUCAUGACAAAAAAGAAAAGAAGAAUAAGGGAAACCGAACCACAAAUGUUGCCGACCACUUUGCCACAAACACCGCCUCGAACGUCUCCUCUAAGCGUGAAGCCAGCCGAUUGGGAUUAAUCGUCCCCAGCUGUGCCCCACGUGUCAUAGUCGAUAGUUGUAGUAUUUUAGUUGAAAUGAUUGAGCGAUAAAUAUCGAGAAUUACUUAUGUACAUAAACGAAUUCACUCGGAGGGGAAGGAGGCAUUGGGAGUCAGUGCUCCUCGUCCCCCCAUCCCCCCGUCCACUCUCAUCUACACUCACAUUCGACGCCUUUCAUGUAUAUUUCUUGUCUACUUAGUCUUAAGGAUGUUUCGACCGCGAUAAAGAACAACAACAAAACACACGCAACUCUCUAUAAAUAUUAAUCUAAUCCGCUCCAAUAUCUUAUAUAACUCGAGAUUAAACUAUGCUAUCAAGUAGCAAAUGAUAUAUAUGUA